GCUAGUCCUUCUGAGCGCUGCUGCAUGGCGAGUCUCAAGGGCAAAUCAUGCAUUAUUAGCUGUAGAUUUACCUGCGGAUGCAAAAGAUAAAACUACACACGUUGCCUUGCGUUGGGAUUAUAUUAAGUCUAAUGCAAAAGACAUAUCCUGACUGGGGACCUUGGACUUUUAGAAUUUUUUUUUUUUGCCUUCCAAGUUUACGUUUUCCACACUGAGAAAGACCAACAGGUGUUCCACUAUCUCAUUCGAGUGAUAGGAAUGGCCUUGCUGCCAACCCCUCUUUAGAUUUAUUUGGUCCUGCUUUCUUUGUAACAAGAACAAUAUUUUUUUCACAGACUUUUUUAAAAACAGGCUUUAAAGGGGAAAAAAGGCAGACAACACCUUUGCACUGGCCAGAGAUGGUAGAUAACUUCUUAGUGAACAAGGAGACUUUCCUGCCUUACCGUGGCUCUCCACCCACCUACCACUUGUCUGACAUGGUGACAGACUCAGGCUCCUACCAGGCGAUGCCUUCACCUUUUUCUGAGGAUGACCUGAGCGAGUCAUCCAGCCCUCGCUCAUGCUCCAGCCCCGAUUCCCAGGUGCUGAGCUCCAGCUAUGGAAGCAGCUCCAGUGCUGAGAGCCAGGACAGUAUCCUGGACUAUCUUCUGUCCCAGACCUCUUUGGAAGGUACUGGCAGUACAGUGGCAGGGGUGAUGGCCCCUGUAUCCCUUUCUACUUACCCCUGGGACUCACAGAGGGAUGUGGCCUUCAAACAGGAGCCAGUGAAGGAGGAAAGUUUAGACUUCCCCAUCUGGUCCACAGCGGAGAUGGAGGAACCACUUGGAAGCUUCCAGCCCACGCUGGAGGAAAUUGAAGAGUUCCUGGAGGAAAAUAUGGAGGUAGUGAGCAUGAAGCAGGAAAACAGGCAGAGUGUCCCAGGGCUUGUCCUGGCAUUAGAGGAGGUGCUGGGUCUGGAGAUGGGCCCGGAAACAUGCAGGGAUACCUCUCCAGGGCUCAGACUAGAGUCAGAGGCUAAGCAUCCAGACCAAACUCACCCGACUCCCUGUUCAGGCACCCUAGCCACUGCUGCCACUAUGAAGACCAAAGCCACAAAAGUUAAACCGUCCCAUGAAUCAAGCGUUGGGCCAAACACCGGGGGUGAGAGGCCACCAGCUAACAAACUCGUAUUGGCAGGGACUGGUGUAAAUGAUGGCAACAGUGGGACACCGGUCAUUCUCCAGAUUCAACCUAUUCAGAUCAAACAGGAGCCCACAUCUGCACCUCUUACUCCAGCCGCCCAGCCCCCACAGCCUGCUGCAGCCUCAGACAUCAAAAUCACACAACUGCUGGUCAACAUCCAGGGACAGACUUUUGCCCUGGUACCCCAGUUCUUACCCUCCCCUAGCCUUAAUGUCGCCUCUAAGUUUGUACGUAUUGCACCAGUUCCUAUUGCAGCCAAGCCUCUGGGGCUUGGAGAUGGCUCAGCCAGCCAGGGCACAGGGAUCCUGUCUGGCGGACAGAAGUUUCAUAAGAACCCGGUGGCAGACCUUAUCAAAAUGCACAAAUGCACUUUUCUCGGUUGCACCAAGAUGUACACCAAGAGCAGCCACCUGAAGGCCCACCUAAGGAGGCACACAGGAGAGAAACCUUUCGCCUGCAAUUGGCCCAACUGUGGAUGGAGGUUCUCUCGGUCAGACGAGCUGUCACGACACCGGCGGUCCCACUCGGGGGUCAAGCCCUACCAAUGUCCCGUGUGUGAGAAGAAGUUUGCACGCAGUGACCACCUGUCAAAACACAUCAAAGUCCACCGCUUUCCACGAAGCAGCCGGACAGUCCGCACAGCAAACUGACCUCCCACCGGGACCCCCCAAUCGGAAAUAGGCCAAGGGAGCAGUGUGUGUGUGUAUGUGUGUGUGUGUGUGUGUGAGUUUGUUAAUGAGAGAAUGAUGUAGGUGCUUGUUGAAUUGUUUGCUGAUUUGGACAAGUGCGUGCUUGUGAAUCUUAAUUUAUUUUACAAAGGCACACCAACAAAAAAAACACCCUCUCUAUAAUAAACUUUUGUUAAAGGUUAUUGUUGCUGUUGGUGCUUUUAUAAGUUGUACUCCUUGUGUCAGAAGACAAAAUAAGCUUAUUUUCAUUCAAUUUGAAUUAGGAGAUUUUGCCGGUAAUAGCCUCGCCUUUAAAUUUAAAAACGACUGCCUUUUAUCUUUCUGAGAGCUGCCAAUGUCUUUGACAUUCCCCAUCUUAUGCAAUGUUUAGGAACAGACUGAGGUGUCUGCUGAGGAGCCGUGCAUGGUUGUGGCGGCCUGGUCACAGCAGCAUAAAGCAGCUCAUGCGUGGCCAGGUUACGGACAUGAACUACUGAUAGCCUAAUGAAGCGAGGAAAUGUCAGCAUAAGCUACUGGGACUGCUUUGCCGUUCGUUAACAAAGAGCCAUUUCUGAAUCUGCUAAGAAACAGAGAGGAGAGCAACACGAGAGACACACAGCUAAGAUGUUAAGCAAGCGCAUAAUAAUGACUGUUAAAACACGCCUUUUUGAUCAUUAAUGUUUCCGUUACAUUUGACUUUGUCAAAAAGUUACGUGUACUUUUUUUUUUUUUGUCUUCUGCUAUCACUUCUCUGGCCUUACCAUACCAUAAAAUCCUUACUGAAGAGCCAAAUUGUUGGGGCGUCCGGGUAGCGGUCUAUUUUGUUGCCUACCAACAUGGGGAUCGCUGGUUCGAAUCCCAGUGUUACCUCCGGCUUGGUUGAGCAUCCCUACAGACACAAUUGGCCGUGUCUGCGGGUGGGAAGCUGGAUUUGGGUAUGUGUCCUGGUCACCGCACUAGCGCCUCCUCUGGUUGGUCGGGGCACCUGUUCGGGGGGAGGGGGAACUGGGGGGAAUAGCGCAAUAUUCCCACGCACUACGUCCCUCUGGUGAAACUCCUCACUGUCAGGUGAAAAGAAGCAGCUGGCAAUUCCACAUGUAUCAGAGGAGGCAGUGUGGUAGCCUGCAGCCCUCCCCGGAUCGGCAGAGAGGGGUGGAGCAGUGACCAUGAUGGCUCGGAAGAGUGGAGUAAUUGGCCAUAUACAAUUGGGGAGGAAAAUAAAAUAAAAUGAAGAGCAAAAUUGUUUAAAAAAAUAUCUUUUCCAUUAUUCAGUUUUGACUGGGUAUUAAGUGACUUCAGAAUGUUUUUCACACAACCCAUAUCAAAGCAUGCUAUAAAAGUGAAAGUCUCAGUUUGCUGUUAUGUUUUGUUUUGUUUUUUUUGAGCUAUUAUUUGGCUGUUGACUUGACACAAAUGCUGCCUCAUCUCCAACAAACCUGUUACUGGAUUAUCCUCUGCAAGCUUCUUGGCAAUAUGUCAGCGUGGAGGUACUAAAAGAGGACACACUACUACACACUAUGGUGCUGAGCAAGAAGAACGGCCUCCUGGGAAAAAUGUAUUCAAUUCACAUCAUAAUCUGAGGCCAUGACACAGUUAUUGUUUUUAAUGUCCUAUUUUGCUGUUGAACAUUGUUGUGCUAUGUAUACCAGGCCGUCUUGUGAAUAUGUAACGGUGUAAAAAAUGCCACCCAUGUAUAAUUCAUGUAUGAUAAGCGACAAAAAAAAGCAGGGGUACACGAUAUUGUACAUCAUUCCUUUCAUUCAAUUUUUGAAUUUUCAAUGCUUGUUUGAAGACAGGUGUUUUAUCGCAUCCUAUGAAUGUAUGUAAAUAUGCGUGAGUGUACAUAGCUGCAUCCACGGCAAACACACAGAAAAACCUAUUCUGAUACCAUAUCUUUAAAUCAGUGGUUGUGAAGAUUUCUAGGGAGAACCCUAAAAGUGUACAUAACAUGUUGUUUCACUACAUAUGAAUAUAUUAUAUAUAUUUUUUUCUUUAUUCUUACCCAAGAUAUAUUUACAAAUAAAAGUGAAAAGAAAAAAAAUCACGAGUGCAUGUG